CGCGUCUCGUGACCACAAAGUGUGGUGACGUUUAGCGCAAGUUUCGUUUCGCUGCUAACUUAACUUCCUUGAGGACAGCGUUGUUGUUGGGAGAGACUUUGGGUUGCUGAUGUCAUUCUCGAUAGAUUCUGGAGCGACCUAAGCACAUGGAAGAACAACAACAGUUUACAAGUGCAUUUACUGACCAGCCAGCAUGACAACAGAAAAUGCAACCCCUGGUCUUGCCCUUAACUUGAAGCAUACAAGUGAUCCAGGUCAGAAAGAUGUGGUUGGAGAUAGUUCAUUGGCUCAAGAUCAGACUACAUGUAUGCAUCAAAGUGACUCUGGGGUUUUCUUAACACCUCAGAGUCAGAUCCAUCAGAGCCUGACAUGUGACAGUCUUGUGAAUGCAGAAGGGGAGCUUCAAACUUAUGGUGAAGCAGCUUCACAAACUCUGACUAGUGCUUUUAUCACAAGUCAGGCACCUGGUUCUGACACUCCUGUCAGUGUCAGCCUGACACUUCCAAAUGAUGUUGAGGAGGUCCCCUUUCAAGACUCUGGUAAUGAUAUUCCCGCUGGUAGUACAUUCACUGCUCAUCAGACUGAUAAUAAUCUUACGCCAGAGUAUGGUGGUCAAUCACCAAGCUCAGGGGACUCGCAGCCCAUUGGAGACCCUGUCCUUGAUGAUACAUUCAUGAAGAAGACGAAGUAUGUUGUCCUGCAGUUUUUGCAGCAAACAGCAUCAGAACAAAAUGUCCUGCGCCAUUCACAAACUUCUUUGUCAAACAUUUCAGAAUCUGAGCAUCAUUUGAAAAUAAAGAAUCAGACUCAGAAAAUCAGACAAAGAUGGCAGGAUAAUAAAUCCCAAUCGGUGCCAUCAUCCCCUGGUGGAAGCAAACCGCACCCACUUUGCCAGAACAAAAGACAACAAAUCUUCACCCGAUCUCAAAGAUGCACAUUUUUUCAGAGUUAUGCCUAUAACUAAACGUACAAAUCGAAAGUCACCAGCAACAGCGUCACAUGAUUUUCGACCCAAGUUAUUGCAAAAUGUUCAGACUGAAGGUUUUAUGAGAAGCAUCAGCCAGAAUACAGACAGUAGUGAGCCAAGCACUUACAACAGUGAUGCAGAUGAUGAGCUGGACUCUUCCUUUGAAUCCAGUCAAUUGGGCAGUGUCACAAGCAUCAGUUUCAAAAACCGGUUGACCAAUGUACAUUCUGAGAGGCUUCCCACACUUCCCAGUGAAGCUGAGUUGGUAGACCUUUCAGGAACAGAGUUGUUCACAGAAUCAGAAAACAGGAAAACUGGUGCCAAGUACUAGAACAGAAGAUGCUAUUAGUCCUGAAAUGAUCAUUCUAGAAGAUAAGCCUUUACUUAACGUGCAUGGCUUUGAACGUGAUGACCCAGGUGGGAAUUAUCAGAGUCGGGGCAGACUUUUCCAAAUUGGAGACCUGGAUGGAUUGGACGGUGAUGAUGUGCUGCUAAUAACUUCUCAACAGGAGUCAGAUGAGGAUGCAGACAUUCCUUUCAGAAGCAGAAAAACCACUCUCCAAGAUUCAGAUGUAACUGAAGUGGGGGAAUCAAGGGAGGUUGAGGAAGGGGCCAGUGGUGAUCGCAGCAGACCGAGGUUUGAUCGAUCGAGACUCUCCCUUAAUCUGCUGAGUGACCAGGAAGCACCCCCUUUGAAUCAACAUCUGCUUUCCUUCUACAGGGAGCUGGAUGAAGAGAUCUCAUCAUUUGAAUCAGAGUUUGAUGAUGGAGUUGAAGGGCAGCUAAAAUUUCAAUCUUCUAGCUCAUCAAGUUCCCAUUCUCUCAAUCAUAGUCGUUCCCUCACACCUGAGACAGAGGCUGCGCGAAUCCUAAUGGCCAUAGGAGAUGACAUUGAGCGGCGAUAUCAUAGUGAUCUUACAAGAGCUGCUAGAUAUAUUGUUUCUGACCUAAUUUCAGGAAUGUUUACUUAUGAACAGUUCCGUGAAGCAGCUUCAGCAGUUUUAGAACAUGAUCUUGAAGGAUGGCAACAGGUUGCUGCUGUGAUGCUGUAUAGUCAACAUGUGACGAUGCAGAUGGUGCAGACAGGAUUAAGGGGGCUCAAUUUUGUGGUUGACUGCACAGUCAGGCUGCUUGCUGAAAAAGCCGCAGGCUUUAUUAUCAGACAGGGAGGAUGGGCUGGCAUUCAUCCUUCAGGCUAUAGUGCAACAUCCUCCUCCUCAGAAGAAACAAAACCUUUGAUUCAUGCAGUUAUAGAUUCAAUUUUACCAACUCAAACAGCUAGAGUGGAUAAGCCUCAAACAGAUGAGACUGAUUUUCCAGAUGGCAUUAAUACUGCACCUGUAGAAGGUCACCAGCUUCAGGAAGCUGAGCCCCUAGACAUCCCAAACAGUGGAAAUAGACGUGACCCUUCUCCAGACAGCUCUGAACAUCAACAGGCAUUCUUUGAGGCAAUAUCAAGACCUGUAGAUGGUGGUUUUAAUGUGCCAGAGACAAACCUUGGAGGUGAGAGUGUGAAAGAAAUAAUGCCUGCUGAUCCGGCAAUGACAGCAGAGGGGAUUCAUGGCAAUGCUGCUCAAGGUGUAGAUACUGAAAAUAGUAAGCCACCCACUCUUUCUGAACCAUUGAUGCAUAGUCAUCUGUUACCUGUGUGUGCAGGGUUUGUCAGUUUUGCUGCCAUUGGGACAGCAAUCAUGCUAAAUCUUUUUCGCAACUAACACUAACUACCUGUUCAGUGCAGUGUGUGUAUGCAUGUGCAUAGGAAUUCAUGCAUGCAUGCUUGUUUGGACUUUGUAACUGAUGCUCAAAAUUAUUUGUUAAGGAAAGUGUAUUUUUGGACAAGAAAAAAGUCAUAACAGUGUGUGUAACAAACAUGGAUUGCAUUCUUUAUCAAUUUUGUUAAUAAAAGAAUUACGCUUAAAAGUGCCACUUAAGGUAUCAGCACAAAUGUUCUUUAUCCUCUACACCUGUGAUCUGUGUUCAUUUUCAUGACUGGGAAAAACAAGUCUCCCUCCAAAAAUCUUAAAGAUGCGAUGAACAGGGUAAUACAUUUUUGUUUUUUUUAAAUCCAUUAUCAAGACUUUAGUCAAAUGUUAACUCUUGAGCAAAUAAACUCUUUACAGAAUGUUUGAUUAUGUUUGAACUACAUUUGCGAAGGGCAGCUGUGACACAGGCAGCCCCAGCUGUAUUGCCUUCACCAAGUAUGUGUGGACCUCCUGCUGCAGGAUCGGUAGGUAGUCUACCCUUGGUGGUAAAUACAUUGUAUUCUGUAAUGCUAUAUACAAUUUAAAAUAUUACUAGUCACUAAAUAGACAAAAGUAGAUCUGAAGCCAGAGUGUUGUUAAAGGUUUAUUUUGAAAAAGAAUAUUAAAACAAGAGAUAUCUUUAAAAAAUUAUUUGGGUUUGAUAGAAUUACCUGCUUCAAAUAAUAACUCUUGCAGGUGAAAAAAUGCUAAUUUUGAGAAUUAUUGUUAGCACAUUGUUUUAAGAAUAAAUGUCUUAAGUUAUCCAGUCAUAGCCUAUUACUGCAGGCAGACCAAGCAGCAGUACCACAUGGAUACUAAUGGUGGUUCACAUCACAUUAAGCUGAAGAUAGGACUGCCUGACUGUGUGUGCUUUCAUGCACGCUUAGGUAGUGUACGGAAACUGUGACAAAUAGAUGGAGAUUAAAAUUUGGGUUAGGUUAAUGUUAUUUUAAAAGUUGAGUUAGUGUUACGCUUUGUGAAGGAGUUAAGGCAAAUAUCCACAAUAUUUUGGGGUUUGGUGCUUUUCUCAGAUAAAAUGAAUCAUUUUAUUUUUGUGGAAUUUGAUGUAAGUGGUGCUGUGUGAAAACUAAAGACUGCCUAUGUGCUGUUUUAUGCACAAAAACUGCCAUACUUGGAUUUAUGUUAAUGUUCCCCAAGUGAUUUCAAUUGUUUAUUUUAACAAGAUUAAAAAAGAUUAUGAUUUAAAUUGAUCUGUGUGAUGAAGUAUUGUUCUGGUUUUAUUUUAAAAGAUGUUGGAUAUCAUUCAUUUUGCAGUUGCUUUUUUUUUCUUGAAACAUUUUGUGUUAACUGCAUGGAUUUUUUAGAAAAUAAAGAAUUGUUGAUACUUUUUUUAAAAAAAAAGUUCAUUUUAUUUUUGCAAAAAGAAACAAAAAUUGUCUGUCAACUUCUCACAGAUGUCUUUGAUCACCUAUUUGUUUCAAAAAUGAUUUACCGUUUUAUCUAUUGUUAUGAGUCACACAUUGGUAAAAUAAAAAAUAAAGAAUGAGUAAAGUGUUUGCUGAAAAAUUCACAGCAGAUCUGCAAUCUGCCUAGGAGUGUGUGGUUGAAUAAAAAAGACAGAAAAAGAAAUGGGAGUAUGGAAUAAUAAGUGUGUUUAUAUUUUUAAAAUAGAUCUAAACUUGUUUAUAGCCCCAAUUGUUCUGUUUCUGCACACCAUGCUGGAUUACUCAUAUCUUUUGUGCCAAGUGUUCUGUUACUGUCCUGCUUGACAGUUAUUCUGGCAUCUUUUACAUUUUACAGUUGAUGAAGAUUCAUGAAUCUUGAAUUUUGCAUUGGUCUUGGCUUACUAUGGAGAAGUGUUAAAGAAUGUGAAUACUAUUUUAUUUGCAUGCUGGAUUUAAGACUUGAGGAUUUGAGUGUACAUCUUAAUUUAUUUUCACCUGAAAUUUUGCACUCUUCCAUGUGUGUGUGUGUAUAUCCAAUUACUUUUAUGUUGCUGAUUUGACACUGCCCAAAAUAAAUGGUAGCUGAUAAAAAUAAGUGCAAGCACAAUAUUAUGUUAGUUAUUUAAUGCUUGAGUUCAACUUGCAAGCCUAACUAAACUGUUUUGUUUAAUUGUAGUAAAUAAGCGACAUAAAUAUCCAGUCAUGUUGGGUAGCUGCUCUAAAGUUAGAGUAUAGUUAAGUGCAGAGUUAGCACAUCUUUUUUAGGUAUUCAUAAGGGAACAUUUUACCUAAGCAAUCAUUUGUAUUGCAAAAUAUUUAGCUUGUCCAUAUUUUGUUCUAUAGGAUGAAUGAUAAAGCAACUUUAUUUCUUGUAUCUGUGAACCAUUUCUUAGAAUGGAGCAGUGUAUGUGUUAACUUGUAAUUCUGUUUGCAAGACUUGUUUGAUUCUGUUUACUGAAGGAAGCAGGCACAAAACAGAAGUUUCCAGUCCACAUGCAUCUGUGCAUUAUUAUAUUUCUUGUUACUUGUCAUUUUACAGUUGUUGGUUGAAGUUGGAAGUGAGAUGAGAAGACCACUUGGAUGUUUGCUUAUAGCAGUGUAUGCCUUUUAUGAGCACAUUGUCAAAGAGUCAGCAGACAUUCAUUAACUGAUGUCUUAACUGCGUAUUAUGAUCUCCUGUACUUAAUAAGUGAUUGACAGUAUUUUGUUUUUAACUGUUUGUGGUUUUUGUACAUUAAUAUUCACCCUUUGCAUUUGAUUUAUACAUUGUCAUGGAUUGAGUGAUGCCUUACUGUUAUAUUUGAAAUGACUAUGGUCCUUGUUGAUAACUACGAAAUUAUCGACAUCAGUUUUGUGUGUUGUUGUUGACACUAAUCUUUCACACUGCUCUUGUGUUACUUGUUUUUAGACACUUAUUUUCCUAAACUUUAUGACUUAUUUAGUAAUGAAUUUUUAAGGGUAAGCAUAUUGAUCCUAAUUGGAAUGGAAGACAGUAAUACAGACUGUUUUCUUCCUUCCCUGAUAGUCAAUGCUGCUGUUUGAUUGCAAGUGCCAGUUCAAGUAAGUUCAUUACAAAGCAGGUAUAGAUAUGUGGUUAAUGACAUGAAUACAUCACUGCUUUGGUCUCAAAUUUUGUGAUUUGGUUAAUGUUUACAGUUUAUGUUAAAAAUAAACAAUGGAAAAUCAG